GGCCCCGGACGUCGCUGAUCACGUGUUUUCGACUCCGAUUCGCUGAAGUUGGUGAAAAAGUUUGACAAGACCGAGGCGCCUCGCAAGAGCAGCUAAAGACCCGGGGAAAAGAGCUCGAUUGUCGGCGUGAGACGGUGAAUUCGGCCGGAGGAUCGAUGGAGUCCGUCGCUCAGAAAGUGCUGACUUCAGGAUUCAACCUCGACUUGGGUCCCCUGAAGGAGCCUUUGGCGUUUAUCCGUCUGCUGGAAUGGUUUUUCUCCAUAUUUGCAUUUGCCACCACCGGAGGUUACAGCGGCUCCAGCAGCAUCAACGUCAAGUGUCCUGGAGCGACCAGCCAGGAGAUCCACGCUGACUUCAACUACCCGUUCAACUUGAUGCAGCAUCCCUACUUGGUGCCUGACUGUAAAGUCAACUCCACGGGCCAAGAGAAGCUCUUCCUGAGGGGUGAUCAUGCAUCCUCCGCGCAGUUCUACGUCUGUGUCGGAGUGUUUGCCUUCCUCUACAGCACUGCCACUCUUAUCCUCUAUCUGGGCUACCAGCACUUGUACCAGCAGACCAGCCGUGGCCCCAUUGUGGAUUUGUUGGCGACUGCAGCGUUCACCUUCCUCUGGCUGGUGUCGUCUUCUGCCUGGGCUAAAGGCUUGACUGAUGUGAAGUUUGCCACCAGUCCUGCCACCAUUUUAACCGACGUUGCGGUGUGCAAACAGGCCAACGUGUGCACCACUGGAGCGGUGCCGCACAUGGGCCGACUCAACGCGUCUGUGAUAUUCGGCUUUCUCAACCUCAUCCUGUGGGGCGGCAACUGCUGGUUCAUUUAUAAGGAAACGCCGUUCCAUAAAUCAGCCAACCAGCCGGCGGAUGUGGAGGGGGGCCCGAGGCCUUCGUAACCACCCAGCUUCCUCAUUUCUGGAUGUCUAACAUAUAGUGUUAAUAAACGAGUAGUUUGGUUGAUGACUGAUGAGCUAAAACUUGCUCGAGGAGUAAUAUACCUGUGAAACUGCCCGCUUUUUGUUUUUUUGCGGCGGUUAUUUGUUCGACUGAUCUAAUUUCAAACGCAUUUCAAAAGGCACUAAUAUUUAAGUUGGCUGAAAUUAACAAGUAGGACACAAAAAUGUUGCUUUAUCAGGUGCUCAGUUGGCACCUUUUAACCGUUCAAACCCAAAAUGAAAUUUCCCUUAUUUCGAAUUGCAGCUGUGUGGCGUUUCUGCACCAUGCGUUUGCCAUUAAAUUUCCUUUUAAAGACUCAGGGUUCAUGUGUGUUUAGACAAAAUGGUAAAAUAAGUAUUAGACCAAACAUCACUUUAAGUGCAUUUAUUGUUAAGACAAGCAGAAACCUAAUCAAAGUUCAGUUUAACAGACCAACUUGUGAUUCUAUAAUCUUAUAGCUCAUUUGAAAGAAUAAUUCAGGCGCCGAUGUGAGAUUAUCUAUGGCGGGUAAGGGAAAUUUUAUUUCAGCUGUUUUUGUCUUGUGUCAUCUUUCAUCAAUCCGUUAUGUUUGACUGAUGUCUGAGUAUAAUUUGAGCUUGCUGCUUCUGUCCAUUCAGCGCUUAAAACAACAUGAAACUAACUAUUACUGAGGUCAAGUUUACAGGCGUUUCCUUUAAGAUUACUUUUCUGUUCAUCUUUGUGAUGAUUAAUUGUAACAUAUCCUGUCAAGACCCAGCAGUAUUUGAAACCCACUGUGCCAUCUAUAGCUUGACUUCAGACAGGUGGUGGUAGUUUUUUGACAUUUUCCUGAAACAAUUCUAUUUGUUUUGCUCUUGCCUGGCUUCUACCUCCUUUUUGUUACAAGGGAAUGAAAGUUUUCUCUGCUUCUGCCAUUGUUACACCUUUUUCUAUAUUGCUUUUCUUGUUACCAAAAUCAUCAGUUACAGAUUAAGAUCUUGUUACAAUCCCAAAAAUAUUUUGUGCAUCAAUUAAAUAAAAGAACCGGAGGUGAAGCUAC